UUGUGUGUGUAUUUAAUAAUAGUUGGGAAGAAGGGUGAAAAUUGCCCCAUACAUUGGACGAUUUGUUCGACGCACCAUCAUCUCUUUGUAUGUUUUGAUUGGGACUCCGUUGGGCAACAGACGACCGAGCUGGCGACUUCAGGUAACAACCCUGGGGGUGGUAGUGCCUCCUCCGGCAAGCAAGUGAAUGCCGAGGCGGCGGAAUGGAACAACGAGGAGAUCGACCAGAUUAGCUUCUAUGACUCGGAUAGAUUUGAGGAGGAUUCCCUGUGCAGCUGGAGCUCCGAACCAGACAGUUUGUGCAACAACUGGCGCGGAUGGAAGAAGCCCAACAAUUCCUGCACCUUCGGCGGGGGACCAUUUAGGAAAUCAGCUGAAGUUAUUGGAGCAUCAGCAUCAUGCCCGCUAAAAGAGAAUCCUUUUGCAGAUCAAGUGACAACACUCACGGAGCUUGCAGCCCGAUGUGUAGCCUCGUAUAUUCCGUUUGAAUUGGUGGAACAUGUCUAUCCGCCUGUUCCGGAGCAACUUCAGCUUCGUAUUGCAUUUUGGAGUUUUCCGGACAAUGAGGAGGACAUCCGGUUGUAUUCGUGCUUAGCCAAUAGCUCAGCUGAGGAAUUCCAUCGGGGUGAGUCACUGUUCAAGACGCGCUCCGUGAAGGAUCCACUGCAGAUUGGGUUUCAUCUGUCGGCCACUGUGGUGAGUGUCCAGCCACGUGCUCAAUUCAAUGUGGCGGUGACUUUCGAUCGUCGCCGGAUCUCCUCGUGCAAUUGCACGUGCACCUCGGCUGCCUAUUGGUGUUCACACGUUGUGGCUGUUUGUCUCCAUCGUAUUCACUGCCCAAAUGAGGUGUGCCUCCGGGCACCAGUUUCGGAAUCCCUCACGCGUCUCCAGAGGGAUCAACUGCAGAAGUUUGCACAGUAUCUCAUUAGUGAAUUGCCACAGCAAAUUUUACCAACAGCCCAGAGAUUACUCGAUGAAUUGCUCAGCUCACAACCAACGGCCAUUAAUACGGUAUGCGGGGCUCCGGAUCCAACGGCAGGAGCUUCGGCAAAUGACCAGACAAAUUGGUAUCUAGAUGAGAAGACACUCCAUUGCAACAUUAAGAAGAUUCUCAUUAAGUUUUGUCUACCAGCUCCAAUGGUGUACAGCGAUGUGAAUUAUUUAACAAGUUGCGCCCCACCGGCUGCUUCGGAAUGGAGCUCCCUGCUACGACCACUACGUGGGCGUGAACCCGAGGGUAUGUGGAAUCUCUUGUCGAUUGUGCGUGAGAUGUAUCGUCGUUGCGAUCGCAAUGCCAUACGUUUGUUGGAAAUCAUCACAGAGGAGUGUAUGGCGUGCGAUCAGAUCCUCGUGUGGUGGUUCAACACGAAGCUGUCACUCCUGGCUGGUACUGGGGGACACAGUGGGGGCAAGCACAAUAACACCCACAGCAAUAGCAAUGCCUCCCAGCAUGCGUGUAGUUCACUAUGUGAUGAAAUUGUCGUUCUAUGGCGACUUGCAGCACUCAAUCCGGGUUUAGCGCCCGAUGAGCGGGAUAUGCUGCAUGCUCAAUUCACAGCCUGGCAUCUCAAGAUUCUCGAUCGUGUGGCAAAGAAUCGUGUGGGGAAUUCAUCGCAUACCACGAAACAGCAACAGAAUUCAAGGCCAAAAUUCUACAGAACCGACGCAGAGGUUUUCAUUGGAUUCAAACCGGCCAUUGAGGCGUGCUAUCUGGACUGGGAGGAUUAUCCAAUAGCUGGCAUAACGCAUACUCAGGACACAAAUCCCAUGUAUCAUUGUCCCUUUACGUGCUUCAAACACUCAGACUCGAACAGUCAUGUAAAUAGCAGUCAGGCCGUGCUGAUGAACAACGUAAAGCACUACCAUCAACCAAUGACAACAAUUCACAACACCGCACUGAAGAAUCGACGGGAACGCUCGUAUCGGGAUCGUUGCUACGUGUCCAGUAGCAAUAAUAGCAACAGCAGUUCGGACAGUGUGAAUGAACGUCUCAAUUCCCAUCUGGAUGAGCUGUCGCAUCAUGUUCGCGACGAUGGGAAUCGCUCAAGUGCCAGCAGUGAAGGAUUCUGCGAGAAUGAGAAUGACGAUGAGGGGCUGGAGAGUGGCGGUGGGAAUGCCGAGGGUGGUAGUGGCAGUGCCAUGGUGUCGAAUGGGGGGCAGCCCGUGGAAUGUGGGGGUGGUGCGACAACGAAUAGAAUUGUAAGCAUCGAUACUCAGGUGGUGGAAUCACGUGAAUGUGAUUCAGCCGGGAAUUCGUGUACAUCGAGCAACGAUAGCUUGAGCAACACGGAAAAGUGCGGGCAAGCAGUCGAGGGGGGGCGAGAGUGUGCUAAAGUGACACUCAUGGUGACUUCAUCGGAUGAUGAGCAAAUGCAAACAGUGGACAGUAGUAGCUGUAGUGUACAUAUAGAUAGUAGUCAUGUAAAUAGUUUCAAUGACCGCAACAGUGAUGUGGUGAAGCAGCACGAGACGGCAACGCAGACAGCAUCCAUCACACCAUCAUCAGUUUACACAGAAAGUGCCAAUGAGACAAUUUGCAAGGAUUUAGCGGAUUCAGAGCCACAACCAUCGACGACAAAGGGUUGCCAGCAGGGGGGAGAGGAUGCUUCAGCUGCGGGGGAUUCAUUGCCAUCAAGUGGCCCGAGCGAUACGCAAUUGAGUGGUCAAGGUGAUGGGGUUGAGGUGACAUUACGGCGUCCCUCGAAGGAGGAGAGCUUGUCGAGUUCUGAAUCAAUUGAUGAGUACAAUGUGUACUACUACGACACAAAGGGUGCCGCUGCAGUAGCUCUACCCAAUGUAGCUGAAUGCCAUCCAUCCUGUGAGCCACCCACGUGCAGCUAUGAGAGCAAAUACAAGGCGCCAGAGCCAAAAAGUCAAAUUUUUUCAAAUCUCAAACCCACAGAGGAUGCUUGGGACAUUCUCUUUGCACGAGCUGAGGGUUUGCAUGCGCACGGGCAUGGGCGUGAAGCGUGUAUUCUGGCAGUACGAUUGGCGGAGGAAUUGCUGGCAAAUCCACCGAAUUUGAUGAUUGAACUGCCACCACCACCGAAGCGAAAGGGCGGCAAGAAGCCCACAAUUCAUCCACUAUCGCAUCAAAUGAGUGUCUUGGCAUCAGCUACGCUGUCAAAGAGCGCCUUCUUGUGCACAGUUCUCGCGGAGAAUUCGGAACACUACCAUCUGGCAUUCCGUAUUUGUCUCUUUGGUCUGGAAAUGCCACGACCGCCAGCAAGUACGAAACCACUUGAGGUGAAGCUGGCAAAUCAGGAAGCGGAUCUUCUGGCCCUUCUCAAACGUAUCCCCCUUGGGCAGUUGGAGCUACGUGUGAUCCGGGAGAGGGCUGAACACUUGCGUGAUUGUACGUUGAAGACACGCGGGGAAGCAUUGCUGCCAAUAAUGUUGGCAAGCUUCAUUUUUGACGCACUCGUCAUGCCAAGUGUUUCCGGGAAGGAGAAUCGCAAUAAAGUCAUGAGUACGUCGUAUCGUUUGCCAACAGAUGAGAAUUUGGGCUUUGAAGCAGCUGUAGCUGCUUUGGGGCUCAAAGCGAAUGUCUCCGAGGCGGAACAUCCGCUUCUGUGUGAGGGAACACGACGUCAGCGGGGGGAAUUGGCAUUGACCCUUCUCUAUUACUACAAGGAUGAACCACGGAAGAUUUCCAAGAUAAUGGAGAAGUUGAUUGAUAGGGAGAUUCAUGUGCUCAUGAAGACACCCCUGUUGCCGGCUUACUACUCCAAUAACCCACCAAUUCGUACGGCUGGACAGCAAUCGCGACGUGAAGAGCAGGAAGCUGUGGCGCAGCUGAUGUCGGAUUCACUGCAGGAGUAUGGAGGCAAUAGUCGACCGCAGAGUAGCACAAGUGCCGAAUUGGAGGGAUGUAUGGGGGCUAUGAGUCUCUCAGGGGGCCCUCAGGGAGCAGCUGGAGGUGGUGGAGGUGGAGCAAUGGGUGCACCGGGUGUUGGGGGCCCAUCGAGUGCCAUGCAGGGUCAAACGUCCCGCCUGAAGGAGUCCCGGUACAAAGGGAAGCGCCCAUAUCCAUCAAUUCCCAAUCAACCAUCAGAGGCGAAUGCUCACUUUAUGUUUGAACUCGCGAAGAAUAUUCUCAUUAAAGCUGGUGGCACGAGCUCAACGUCCCUGUUCACACAGGCGUCGACUAAUCAAAAUCACCACGGACCCCAUAGGGCGCUCCACAUGUGCGCCUUCCAAUUGGGUCUGUACGCAUUGGGAUUGCAUAAUUUUGUCUCUCCCAAUUGGUUGUCGCGCACCUACUCUUCCCACGUGUGCUGGAUCAUUGGGCAGGCAAUGGAGAUUGGAGCUCCGGCAAUUUCUUUCCUCAUUGACACAUGGGAGGGGCAUUUAACACCCCCCGAGGCAGCAGGUAUGGCCGAUCGAGCAUCCCGUGGAUGGGAUAGCAAUAUGAUCUAUCCAGCAGCUGAGCUAGCACUCUCCGUGCUCCCACAUGCAGCUGCCCUCAAUCCAAAUGAGAUUCAACGGGCUAUACUGCAGUGCAAGGAGCAGAGUGAUCAGAUGCUGGAACGUGCUUGCUUGACGGUUGAGAAUGCCGCGAAAGGUGGUGGAGUCUAUCCGGAGGUACUCUUUCAAGUUGCCCGGUAUUGGUAUGAGUUGUACAUCCGGAAUACACCGGGUGGGGAGUUGGAGCAUGAGGCGGGCAGUGAUAUCCAUUUGGAUCACAAUGUGGUCAAUUUGGGGCCACUUAUGGAGUCUCAGGAGAUGCAGCAGCAAGUUGUGCCGCCUCCACCGCAAGCAGCACCCCCGCCACCGCCACAGCAACCACCACCGCAGCCACCGCCACCGCAACAGGGUGUCGUUGUGGCAACAACAACACCACCACAGCCGUAUCAGCAGGCAGUGACUACCCUGGCGCCAAUUGGGAUCUCCCACUAUGGGCCGUACAGCUUCCCAUGCCAGGGGAUCUAUUCGCAUCAUCACAACAUCCCAUUCCCGCACAAUCAGAUGCAGAUGUACAUAUCGACGCCGCCACAGUUCCCCUAUCCACCGCCCCAUGGGCCAAAUCAGCAGCCCGGGCCGUACGUGCAGCCGCCGCCUUUCCAACAGAUGGGUCAUCCGGCCACUGUUGGACCACAAGGUUACACGCCCAUGCAGUGCCCCAACCAGCAGCAGUACUCGGGCGUUCAGGUGCCUGUCCAGAUGCCUGUGCCACCGCCAAAUAAUGGUCAAAUGCAACAGAAUAUGCAGUAUUUCAGUCAACCCGUGGCCAUGGCACCACCACCACCACCCCCAAAUAUGAGCAACAUCAACACAAUGGGGAGGAAUCAGCAUCAACCGCACGGAUCUCAUCAUAGCGUCAUGUAUCCCUUUGUGCCGAAUCCACCUGUGCGCCAGAGGCAUCCCCAUCAAUUCAGCCAAAUUCAACUACGCUACUUGAUGGCCGCCUACAAUGUGGGCAUGCUGGCCAUGGAGACGCUCGCGCGGCGUGUUCACGAUGAUCGUCCGCAAGCAAAAUAUGCCCGUGAUCCACCCUAUGGGGAGGAUGUGAAAUGGUUGCUGAGAAUUUCUAAGAAAUUGGGCACUCAAUACCUCCAUCAAUUCUGCGUGUGUGCCGUGAAUUCCAUCGUGAGCCCCUUUGUGCUGCACGACGUGGCCAUUGAGUCGGCGCACUAUUUGGCACGCAAUAAUCCAGCACUUGUACUCCAACAUUUACGAUCAGCUCUCACGCCUCUCGUGCAAAAGUGCCAGCAAAUGUACAUUCAGUGCAUCCAUCAGAAACUUUAUCAUCUCACAACGGCAGACUAUGAGGAGUUUUCGAGUAUUAUUUUGGCAGCAAGGGCAGCUUUUCAGAUUACACCAGAAGGGAAUGCACAAUUUAAGGAUUGGCUGCAGUCCAUAAAACGAUCAAAAUCCUGCAAGAAGGAUUUAUGGACACAAAUUAAUGCUGCGCUGCAGAAUAAUUCCAAAUGACAAAGACUAGACUCGGUCAGCUCUGAAGGGGUUGUUCCGGCACAUUCGGCACCAGCACACAGCUCACAGUCACGUCCAUACGGACAGGGGGCUAAGCGGCCCUACUGAAAAGAUGGGAAUGGGAGAGAGAGCCAACCACGUGAGAUUAAGGAGACGCAAGUCUCAAAUUUUUUUUAGUUUUCAUUUUUUCCUUUUAUCCUGUUGAAAAUUUAAUUUUUGACCAUCACAUAUUCAUUAAAAAAAACAUUUUUUUGCGAUAAAUCCCGCACGGACUUUUGUCCAUCCUCCAAAAAAAUCUUUUGCGGAUUUUAAGAAGUUUUUUUUUAAAAAAAUAUUUUAUUGCGUGAUUUUAUUUUCAUAGAAAUCGUCUAGAAGGAUUAAAGAAAAAAAAAAUUAUAUUUAAUUUCGGGGAAUUUUCUCUCUUAUUUGUUUAAUAGGAAUUAUAAAUAGAUUUUUUUUUGAAAAUUAUAGAUUUUCGCUUUAGAUUGAAAUUCCUUUUUGAUCCUUAAAUAUUAAAGUAAUAGAUUUUAUUUAUAAUUAUUAAGAAAUAAAAUAUUGAAUAAAAAAAAGCCAUUCGUAGAGAAAGAAAAGGCAGAAAAUGAGAUAGAAAAAAAAAACAUCCUCACAUCACUUUUCGUUUCACUUUAGUAAAUUUAUAAAUAGGAAAAUUUUUGUUUUUAAACAAUUAUGGCUUAAUUUAUGAAAAAAAACAAGGAUUUUUUUUUUAAUUGCAGCCGUGACAGAAUCUCAAGAAAAGAUUUAACAAUAAAAUUCCUAAAUCGCCUUCCGGGCGAGACACACUCUAUUAGUUUUUUUCCCUUAAUUGUAAGAAAUCAGAAUUCUAGUUAAUAAAUAGUUCUUUCUCCGUCAAAAAAAGAGUUAAAAUAAAUUUUAAUCAAUAGCAUAAAAAAUCCCAUUUGUGUUCAAGCAGCUUUGCGAAGAAAAUGAAGAAGGAAAAUCAAGCAGAAGAUUCAUAAUUUCUUUUUUUUUAUAAUUUAUUUUAAAGAUAAUUUUUGAUUAAUAAGAAAAAAUAAGUUUUUUUUGUCAUUUGAGAGAAGGAAAAAAAAGUAGUGAAAAAAUUUUAGAGCAAAUGUUAGGAUUUAGCAUGAACGCGAAGAGUUUCUUGAUGAAGAAUCCCCCUAUUUUAUUUUAUUUUAUUUUUUCUUAUACAUCAUACAUUUUAUUGAAUGUAUUUCGUCGUAUUUUUUUUAGUGUGUUUCGUUUUUUACAUAUUUUUUUUUAUUUACAAAAAAUAUAUUUCUUAUAUUUUAAAAAAUAUACACCAAUUUUAUCCUAUAUAAAAAAUGUUAUUUUUAUUCCUUUCUCUGUGGUCCUUUCAACACCUUUUUUGUCUCGAAUUUUUUUUGAAAAAGAAAAAUUUUGCAAAGUUUUUUUUUUAAAGAAAAUAAAUUUCAAAAAAAACAGGACGGUUGUGCAUUUGUAGAGAAAAUAAACAUGCAGAUAAAAUGUAGAUUUUAGAUUUAAAAAAAAAACAGUUGGAUGUUUCUUUUUAUUUCAAAUUACAGAGCUAAUAAAAAAAACAAAUGAGUUUUAAAAGUUUGAAAAAGAACUUUUUCAUGUAAAAUAAAAUAUAUUUCAAUAUAAUCUAUAUAAUUUUCAAAUAAAAACUUUUCUCUUGCAUUUUGUGUGAUUUUUUUUGUCGUAAUUUGUGAAGAAAAAAAAAUUAAAGUAAAGAAGUAAUAAUUAUUAAAUCGUGUAAAAAAUAAACAUAGAUUUUCAAAGUAGGUAACCUUUUUUUUGUCUCACAAUGCCCUAACUCAGAUGGGAGAAAUUGAAAAAAAAGAAAAAAAAAUAUUAACGAGUAAAUAGAAAAGUAGAAGAUAGAAAUUGAAAAAAAAAAAUUGAAUGAAAAUCUCGUAGAUCUUAGAGCGUCGUGUAAAAAAAACCCUCUUACCUUAACCAAACUUAUAAAAAAAUAGAAAUAUUAUAAUAUUUAGAAGGUAUUCUUAUAAAAGAAGAAAAUAUUUAGAAUUAUUCUUGAAGAAAAAAAAAACAAACCCAAGUACAUUUGAUGUUAUCAAUUACUAAUUAAAUAACUUGAAAGCAGAGUUUUUGAAUUUCUUUCUAUUCGUGUAUUUUUAUCACGAAGAGAAUAAAUUGCAAAUCACGCGCAAUUUCUAAACAGCAAUAGUUUUGAGAUAAAAAAAAAAUUUAACAUUUUUGAGAAGCAGCGCAAGAAGCAGUACAUAGAAAAACCCACCUCUUGUCCUUCACUUUAUUGUAGGUUUGUGUUAUCUAAACAUUAAAAAAAAUCAUUAUUAACUUUAUUUAAAAACAGUUUUGCACAAUUCUUUUAAAAGUUUAUUUUUAAAGAUUUUUUAUCAAGUUCAAAAUACUUCUUUUUUCUCCAAAUAAAUUGCCUCAAAGUUUAAGGAUUUUUCUUUCUCCUAAAAAUAUAUUCUUAAAGUUGUUUGAAAAUUAAUGAAUAAAACAUAAAUAGUUAAGAAUAAAAGCAACAAAAAAUAUCCAAAAUAAUUUUCAAAAUUAUCAAAAAAGAAUACAACUGUGUAGCAAGAGUAGGGAGGGUGAGAGUAACUUUUAAAAAAAGCAGUAGAGCAAAGAGAAUUUUAUAACAAAUAAUAAAAAAAAUGAAAAGAAUUGAAAGAAUAUUGAAAAAAAUAUAUAUUUAAAUGAAGAAAAAAAUAGUAAAAGAGGCAAAAAAAGAAAUAUUUUUACACUCACUAAUAAGGAUGAUAGGAAAGAUGAAGAAAUAUAUCCCAGGUGGAGGAUUUACAGCAUCCCUCUUUCUUGUACAUCAAUCCAUACACCCAGAAAUAUUCUAUUUCAUUUUCGGAUCUAUAUUUGAGAAAAAGAAAAACCCGCAACUCUAAAAAGUAAUAAUAUUAAAAAGAAAAGGAAAGUUAAGGAAAAAUUCAUGAAGAUUAUCAUGCAAUAUUGUGUCUUACAGAAGGUUAAGAAAAUAAAAGAAAAACUUUUUCUUCAUUGUCAGAAAUAGUAAUAGAAAUAAAAAAAAAAUAAAGAUUAGAAGUGACAAGAGAAAAAUUUUAUUGAACAUUCAAAAUAAUCCCUAUAAAAAAUAUUAAAAAAUAUACAUUAUUUAUCUUGGUGUUGUAUUGAAGAAAGAAAAAAAAAAGAAAAUUUUUAAUGCAAAAAAAGUAACAUAAUCUUAUAAAAGAAUUUUAAUAAAACAAGAAAAGGCAAGAAAACAUUACUUCUUAUAAAAAAUCUACCUAACAGUUUAAGAAUAAUAGAAGAAAAAACUUACAGAACUAAUUGAAAGCAGAUUGAAGAGAAAUGCAAAUCAGGAAAUUUAGUUAAUAUAUUGAAUUUUAAACAGAAAAAAAGUAUAUUUCUAGCAAAUUAAUAAAAGAUAAACUCUACAUUUAAAAAAAAAAUUGAAAUAAAGCGAAGAGAAGGUUAGAAUGAGAAAAAAAAGAAUAUUGCAUUGCAUCAAUAAGAAAAAAGUAUAAAUAUUGAAAAUUGCAUUCUAGAGAUAAGAAAGGAAGGAGAAAAUCCACAGAUUAUUAUAAGAAGGAAAGAAUAAAAAUAUCUUAUUACAACCAUAAAAAAAA